AUGGCACAUCACCAGGCUCUUCGACACCAGCUAGGUAAUAUCGCAUACGUGGUGCGUUUCGAGGUGGACGCAUACUACGAGAAAGCGGGCGAGAUUAGCAGCGCGGAGUCGCUGGAAGGCGCAAUGGGGCGGCUGGCAGUAGAGGAGAGUUCUGGGGGGUCUGUGAAGCCCAGGCCAUCCUGGCCCUCGAAUAUUUCCCCGUGA